GAUCUUUGGGAUCACUAAGCGUAAGAUCGCAUUUCACAUAUGUAUUUCUAUAUUGCUCAUGAACGAUAAUAGAUUAGACCUAUGUAUAUGCAAAGUUAACAACUUAAUGUUUUAAAAUGGUAAAAAUUAAAGAAAAAUAAAUAGAAAUUUCAAUCUUAUUAUCAUAAAAUUAGAUUAUGAAAGCGGAGGUGUUUUACAUUUUUGUUGGAAAGAUCGCCAAAAAUCCAUCUAUCAAUAAAAAUGGAUGAUAAUUAAUUCUUCUCUAUUAAAAUUUUUAUAAUUAAAAUUUAGCACAUGUUUUAAAAUAUUAAAUUUUCUAACUACUCUAUAUUUUUUUGUUUAUUACAUUAUAAUCUAAUCAUAUGGUAAUCGAUUAAAUUUAACUACCUCCAAUUAUUAUCAAAACUCUUCGAGCGACAACUCCAGGACAAAUCUCUCUCCGCAACAUACGGAUCAACGAUAAUAAGUUCAUACACAUAUAUUUAUGACGGAAAGACUCUCCGGAACACUAAGGACCACGACAAAUGGUUUUACUUGUGGUACUAUGUAUGGAACCUUUUAUAAGUUUUAAAUAUAUAAAUCUGCAAAAAACUGUUAUUAUUUAUAAACACAUAUUAUUUAUCAUCUCAUCCAAAAAUAUAAACCAUCAACAAAUACAUCUCUGAUUGAUCUGAAUGAAAAUCCUGUAAUUUUUCCUUUGACUGGAUUCGAAACCUCAAACCUAGUAUAGAAGUCUUUAAACCUGGUCAUUAGGCCAACGAAAUUUUAUAAUCCCUAUUUAAAGUAGUUUUUCUUCUUUAGCUAUUUAUUCCUGCAUAAACUAAAGACUAUUUCUUAACCAAAAUUUCCUUUUAAAAGUAUAUUUUGUAAUGAAUGAGCAUAUCCUUGUUGAUUAUAAAUUUUGAACUUUUACUUUUAAUAAAACUAAACCUAUUAGCUAUAUGUAUUAAUAUAUUUAUAUAUAUUAUUUUUAUUCUUAUUGUCGAUGUAUUUAAUUUGUCAAAGUCUCCUAUUAAAUUGAUUCAGUGAUUAUGCUAACUAUAACUUAUUAAUUUAUCAUUUUAAAUUUUUAUUUCAGUUUAAACGAAAUAUAUUGAUAUUGAUUAUUAAUAUGUUUAAUUUAUAUUUUUAGUAAAAAAAUUACAUUAAAUAUAUAAAUUUUAACUAUAUACUUUGUAUUUGUUUUUUUAUAGAAUAUUAUUAUUAAUUCUAUUAUAUUCUAUAAGCAAACCCUUUUUCUUAUGUUUGUUUAUAUAUUGGUUAUGUUUUUCGCUUGUUGUUUUUGUAUAUUUUUGCCAACGUUUUGUUCUCAAAAAGUUGAAUUAUAAACAUAUAAAAUUUGAAUUAUCACCGAACAUAUAUACUGUAAAGCUUUAUUCAUUGUUCUAGAAGAUGUAUAAUAUAAUUACACUGAAUACGUCAAAAAAAGAAAAUUAUACUGAAUUUAUAGAAUUAUUGUGUAUACAUGGAUCCACAUAUUAUAUACAUAUAAUUUAGAUAGUACGUACCUCAGUGUUUACUCAUAAUCGUAUUUAGAAAAUGUCCAAAGAUCUUCACAAAUUGUUAACUCUAAUAUUUUCGCAAGAAAGUAAGUUUUAAACAACCACUGCGAAUAUUUCUUGGCUUCUUCUAACUUUAAUUUAUAAAAGUUUUGUCAUUCUCUGAAACGAGUCUGUAACCCCCCACCCCUCCCCAUUAAAAUGAUGGACUCGACUUUUUUGAUCUUCUUGAAGGGUACAAUUAGAUAACUCAUCUGCGAUGUCAAAGAUGACAAGCCAAUCAUUUCUUAAUGGUCACUUAAUUUUGUACCAUAACCCUGAGUUACAGUUCAUUGAACCUUGUCUUUUUAGGAUUUAUAAAAGUUGCUUUAAUUUUUUGUUUUCUUCUUCAAUGCAUUGUAUAGCUUGAUUUUUUAUUCUAUAUUAUAGCUUGAUUUUUUAUUCUAUAUUCCCCCUAUAAUGUUUUUAUUCACUCUGACUUGAAAACAAAUCAAAACCAAAGGAGAAAAAACAGAGAAGUUGAUAGAGAUUUAUAAUAGCUCGUUGAUUAAAAUUUUUGAGAUGAGUUCCCAAGAGCUGAAGAAGAAAGAAAAAGGAAAGGAAAUUGUCACUUCCGAAGAAAACCCUACCACUUCCGAAGUCUCCAUGUAUUUCAGUGAGCAGGGAAUAGCAGCUCUCCUAGAAGCUAACAAGAAAGAUAAUGCUGAGAAAGUUGGUACGCAACAAAAGAAGAGUUCAUCUUCAAAAAUCAAGCCUUGCAUUUUCUAUACUUCAGAUGAAAAGGCUAGACUGCGGUGGUCAAGCGACCUUCAUGCUUGCUUUGUCAAAGCCGUUGAAAAACUUGGUGGACCGGAUAAGGCAACACCAAAAGCUGUCAAAGAUACAAUGGAAGUUGAAGGAAUUGCACUUCACCAUGUUAAGAGUCAUCUUCAGAAGUUUAGACUUGGAAGAUGUAACAUACGGGAUGAAACAGAUCAAUAUCAUAAACGUUACAGAACUGGUCGACGCUUUUUCAAGGCACAUGCUGCAUCAAAUUCACCUCGCCCACAAGUAAACAUAAGACCUAAAGUUAUGGGAGAUGUGAAGCCAAAGAAAGCAAAAGAAGACCAUGGAUCACUUUACAUGCGUAUAGAGCACGAUCUAAAUUUACAAAGAUGUCGCGAGGCAGAAAGAAUGCAAAUGGCUUUUGAAAUAGAAAAUAACCGUAAAAUGUUGGAGGCGCAAUAUAUACAAGCAAGCAAGGCUCCAUCAAUAACCAGUCAACACAGUAACUAUAUUUCGACAACAACUCCUACAACUCAACGGCCAUCAUCACAAGUAUUAGAUCAGUGGUUAGCAGACCACUACUCCGGAAGACAGACCAGUGAUUCACAACAACCAACUACUAUGAUUCCACAAACUACCACUUGUCUGCCCAUGUGGGAGUUCCCUCAGGAGACAAAGAAUACAUUUUCAAUGUACGAUCCACAACAUGUGAACACCUCAACUCAAGAAAAGCGACAAUUUAACAAGAGUCUCAACUACAACAUGACUCAAGGUUUCAUCAAUCCGUAUGUGACUACUGAGCCCCAAUCCAUGCCUGGCUCAUCCACUGUCACCACUCAGCCAGAACUUCAGCUCAACGAUGAUUGUCUCAUUCACGACUUAUAUCGCAAUCCAAGUUUCCUACCAACCUCAGUACCACAAACAGUUGAUUCUCUUCAUCAGGUUAUUUCCAACAUUACAUCUCCAUUAUCGACGGCACCACAACCAAUACAAACAUAUGCUCCAAACCAUACUUAUAAUUAUCCUGAAUACAAUACUCUUGAAAGGGUUAAAGCCCAGCUCAGUGCAUUACAAUACUCAAGCACAAGCCGCAUUCAAGCAACGCCUUUUUGUGAAACCAACUUAUCGUCUUCUGUCACAAGGGAUGAUGAGGAAGAUCCAGUAGAUAUGUAUAUUGACUGGGGUAAAUAUGAAGAAGUGGAUAUUGAUGAACUUGAUCCAGUUGAAGCACUCUUGGCUUUAGGUUUUUGAGUAAGUCCUUAACCUUAAUAUUUCAAAACUCUCAGUACGUUCCUCCCCAAAACGUUAAAAAAAAAAAAAAAAACUCUCAAUACUGUUGUGCUUUAUACGUUGAUCAUAAUAAGCCUGUAUUAUAGAGUCAGAGAACUUGAUUUACCUUUAUCGGUUUAGUUUUCAUAAUAAAUACAAAUCUAAGUUUGAACUGUAACACGUAUUAUUUGUCUGCCUUCAUCAACACUAUGUUGCCGUCAUCAACCAAAUGUUUUUUCUUUGUCUUCCCUUGGAAAAUUUUCAUGUAUUCAUAAUAUUAAGUGGCGUAUCUCUUGUUGGACCGCGAAAGUUCUUAUUAAAAAUCACAAAAAAAAAUCAAAAAGCGUAUAAACGACAAUAUAAAAAAAAUUAGAAAAUUGUCAAGGAAAUAGAUGAAUUCACGGAAUUGAGUUUGAUUUCUUUUCUUAACUAAUAAAAACUCUCGUAAUGUAUAACGGUUAUGCGAUUUUUGAAUCCCAAAAUAUACUUAUGAUGAAACUGUUUCGCAACAUCUGAAACAGAAUCUACGAACUCUAAUCUAGGAUAUACUCCCGACACUUGCUCUAAGAUGAAGACUAAGACUUUUUCUGAAAGUUUCUAUUCGCGUUAAGUCAUAUGAUAUAAUGAAGAGGUUAGGCACAUAUCUAUAUGUGAAGAAUUUUUUAUCAACAAAAUAAGCUUAAAUUACAAAGAAAAAAGAAUAUUCGAAAAAUAAUCUUCAUUUUAGUGCAAGUUGACGGCAACAGAAAUAUACCGAUAAUUAUCUGGAGGUAUUCCAAAAUUGUCUUGAAACAGUCUAAAACGCUUACAAUUAUUAAAAUAUUUUAUACACAAUCUGUUAGGAUUUAUGUAAGAUAUUAUGUAAAAAUCUUAGUAAAAUUUUGCUUCAAAAGACAUUUUUUGUGGGCUAAAACCCAUAUUCACAAAGACCCAAGCCCGCCUGGCCUGGCGGCGACAGUGCGAACGUGUGUGUGGUUUAUAUAAUGAAUCAUUUCGCUCCUUCUUCAUAGUGUACCUACUAUCGAACCUUGUUAUGAAAUUUUCAUAUUUAUACUGCAAUAUUUUUUUUGUUGUAAGCAAUAUGAAAAUUUUUACUCUUACAUUUCAUUUAAGUGAAAUGCUUUUUAUGUAGAGCCCAAAGGACUUUUCCACAUUUCUCUUUACAUUUAAUCUAAUAAUUUACACAUCCCAAAGACUUAUAAAUUUGGGUCCCAACAAUCCACCAGAUGAAUAAUAAUUACUCAAAACAUAUGCAGACUCUACUUAAACAAUAAAUUAGACAAACAAAUUUUUCGAGAUCAUAAGCGAAAAUUAACUGCAUAUGAGGUAGUAGCAUAUUCCAGCCUUGAACCACUAAUUGUUAGUACUUGUCAGAUUUUUUUUUUUGGAGGUGGACAUGAUUGUCUUGAACCACCCGAAAUUUGUGUAAACUGAGAAAACAUAUAUAGCUAGCCCAUAUUUGUCUUCUCGUAGAGUUAAGUUUCUGUUAUGUUCAUUUGGGCUGUGAACUUUCUUGGUUCUUCAUGAGUGAACUGAGAUUAAAGUUUGAACGUUAACCUCC